CUUAAGUAUGCGGUAAGAGCGCAAGUGUCUUCAAACUCUCUCACGACAGUUGUGUGUCAACAUGAGUCCUGAAAAAGACUGURCUGCAAUUGUUCUCCAAGAGGUAAGAGUCUUUUUCCCAGGAGAGCAAGUACAAGGUAACCUGUAUCUUUGUUUAACUGGAGAAUCGAAAAUCAAAAAUAUUCAGAUUUUUUUGGGGGGUGAGUCUCGUGUUGAGUUCUUCCAGAACAAUACGUACUAUGAGCUGAAAUUACCUCACUUCGCACAGCAAGCUUUACUAUAUGACCGAGACACAGACGCUCAGAUACAGGGAAAGUUCUCCGCAGGAGAGUACACAUUUCCUUUCAUUUUCACCAUCCCUGAUUGUGUGCCAUCAUCAUAUCAACAGACCAAAGGCAAGCCCGCUGGUCAUACUUUAUACGGGCUCAACGCAACCGUGCAAAGAUCUUCGAAAUCCAAACUAAAAUCUGAACUAAUGAUAACCAUAUUUGAGAAAGUAGAUGUCAGUCUGCCUGAGUUUCAGAUUCYAAUAAGCGAACAGCAUGACGAACACGUGACUUGUUGCUGUGUCGGAGGAGGGACCAUCAAGAUCAACGCAAAAUUGAAUAAAUCGGGAUACUAUCCUGGUGAAGUUAUCCAGGCCAAACUCUUCGUGGAAAAUAUGUCAAACCGAGAUGUAACUUACGUCGAACUAGUGCUUAAGAAUCAGGUUAUCUAUCGAUAUGGGAAAAAGGAAUAUGACAUUGCUGCCAGAAAAUACGGAAUAGCCGCUGUGAAGAGUAUUGGUGUUCCAAGAGGACAAAACGAAGACAUCGAGUGCUUAACGCUGGAGAUCCCUCAUUCCUUGCAACCUUCCACAGGCGAAGAGACCGAGUCAAUAAUUACAAUACUACACUAUAUGGAUAUAAUCGCGCAUGUGAAGGGAAAAUGUGUUUCUGCAGCCAAACUACGUAUUCCAAUCACGAUUGGCAGCUAUAUUCCCUCGGAAUCACUUGCAUUUUACCCGGGACCCCCGGCACAACCAAACACGAUGUAAUUCAAUUCGUUGCAUGUUACCCGGGACCCCAGGCACAACCAAACACAGACACGAGGAUGUAAUUCAAUUCGUUGCGUAAAAUUUUCAAUUUUUUAAAAACUUUUACUUUAUAGAAAUAAUUAUAUAUUGAUGCAACAUUAAUAAUCAGUCAAACACCCCAUCCGACCAAUAGACCUUUAUAUUCUGUACAAUUUCAAGAAACUUCUGGAUAUUGCUAGUGCUUUUUACAUUAGCAAAUAAUAAGGCUUUGUUCAUAAUGUAUGGCAGAGAGGGGGGUAGGUGAAAUUGAGGGGGGAUCGGGAAAAUUUUGGUAGGAAAAAGGGGGGGAAGGGCAAUUUUUUGUCAGAAAAAUGGGGGGGAUGCACAAUUUUUGGAAGAAGCUACAAGCCUUGCUUAGGGGGGAUUGUAUUUUUUUGCAUGACUUUGAGGGGGGUUGUUUUUCACCUCCCCCUUCCCCUCUGCCAUACAUUAUGAACGCAGCAUAAGGAGUUAUAUUUCUGAAAAAGUUGUUUUAGUUUACUAAGAACUAAAGAAUUCUUGAUAUUUGUUUGAAGCUUUGAACACAGGGAACUCAUCUUGAAGUAUAAAAGUUACACGUCAUGACCACGUGAUACGCAAGAGUAUUAACAUGUGAUUUAAAGAUGGCCAUUAUUCACGUGACACCAUCCACGUGACCGAAAUAGCGAAUCAUGACAACUUGAUACAUACUCUUCCCCAGGCUAUAAAACAUCGACCAAGUGCUGGCAACUCAAAUGCCGAGUGCGAGGAAAAGGUGGUAACGAGUUGAACGCGCGCUGAAUGAUGGGACUGUUAGGGACGCCAUUUAAUUUGUCUUUUUCGUUUUACAGGUUUAAGUUUUUUAAUUGAGUCACACUGGCUUGUUUUCGGUCUGUUUUUCAAGAACGUUUGCUAAGCUUUGCACAAUAUUGAAAAAAAUGACCCAUGAUUCAGCGCGCUUCCUACUUGUUACCAGUUUUCCAUGCAACCAAGGAAUGCCGGUGACAAACACCCCGUGGGGACAGGAGACAAGAAAAUACAGGGGAACGAGUCGAUGAGGUCUCAGAUGAACAUUAGAUAUCAUUAUGAUUUCAUUAAUUUGUUAUUGAUAAUAAUAAUAAUAAUUCUAAAAUCUUAUCGUAUACCCUCCAUAUAACUAGUGUCUAAAUUCCACAAUAAAGUUCGUAAAAAGGUCA